AAAAAAUAGAUUUUUAUCGGUUGGUUUCAAAGAGUUGGCCAAAUGAAACAACAAGAACGUUCUACACGUCGGUGUGUUCAUUAUAGUUACACAAAAUGAAUUAAUCGCUGUAAAUGUAAAAUGAAGGACGGCUAGUGUGUGUUCGGCCAAACAUGGAAAAUUGUAUUCUUUUACAUGCUGUGAUCCAGUAGUUUUUAGUUCAGGUGAUUCAAGGUUCAAGGAAUACAAUUCAAUUGAAGAAACUAUCAAAGAAAUCAUCAUUUAAAAAAAAAAUGCAUCAAAUGCUGUGUUGUCUGUGAAUUUGGAGCUGAGAGACAUUGUAAAAAUACGAGAGUACGAACAGUAAGAAAGAGAAAGAGAAAGAAAAGAGGAAAAGUGUGAAAACGUUGAUGUCGUGCAAGUGGGUGUGAAAUUCGUGAAAAUAAGAGAAUGUGCACACAGUAAACGCUGAAUCAGAACUGAUAAAAUAACAUUUGGUGACCAUUUUUUUUCUUCCUUCAUUCUUGGAUAAAAUCAACAACACAAAUUGGAAUUGCCACACGGAUAGGAAUACAGAGAGUGAUCAUUUUAUUUCUUCAAAUUGGAUUUUCAUCAUCAGUUUAUUUCGAAAUGGUCUGAAAAGGAUCGUAGCUAAGUUAAUCGAGCGAAAGGACAGUGGAGAAAAAUUGAAUUUCUGCGGUUCGCAGUUCGAAAGCAAUGCUGCCGGAACUAUUGUUUUCAGGACCUAGCAUGCAAGAUAUAUCUCGUGACGAAUUGACAUUGCUGCAAACAGGAUGUGAUAAAGAUUCAAUUUUAACGAACAACGAAUCAGCAUUUGAUCGCAUUAAAUUGGGUCGAACGCCAGAACUUGAAACGUUACCAACAUCAAUUAAAUUGGAAGACACCACCGAUGCAUUCCAAUGGAACACAACCAACACGAAUAUCGGAUCGAAUUUACUGAGGCAUUCAGAUGAUCCGCUUAUAUCGGGUGCAUUAGAUGACAAUCAGAACGAAUUUGAUUCGAUAGCCGACUGUGGCAAUACGUUGACUUCAAUCGAAACGUCGCCAUCAACGUACAAUAAAAAAGCGCGAGUGAGAAAAUCGGGAAAUGUUAAAUUACGUUUCCAUCAUCAAGCGCUUCCGCAAGAGUAUCUCGAGCACUAUGAAGCCACUCAAAAUCAAUUUCACAACACCAAAGAGAUGACUCUUGGUGGUGGCGGCAGCGUGAAAUCGAGUCCAAAGGAUCGAACGGCAACUGCAACUGCAACUCUACCAUCACCGGUGGCACCUUCGAGUGAACAUACGCCCACAACUGAUCAUGAGCACAUGGAUUCAAAUUCGGACAAAUCGACGCAAAUGUGGAUGCAAAAGACAUCCAAGCAUCAAAAUGGUAAAGCGUCACAUUCAAGGCUGGAAAAUGAGCCGAAAAUUGCAUCAAAACAAAGUUCAAAGGUGACAACGCAUGACUUACCGUAUAUGGGCGAAAUAACACUGGACAAUUUCAAACCGCGCCGUGGACGAAAGCCGAAAAAGGCUGAUAUUUGUCAUUUGAUCUAUAAAAAUUAUGGUACAGUGUUUCCGAAUCAAAAAACCGACGAAACAGAGAUGGAAGUGUCGAACAACACAGAGGUGGCGCUCAAACGAUCGUUGCUGAAACGAAGACUAACCCAAAGUGGUGACGAUGCGGAGGAGUCAUUGAAUCAUGGUGCCAAACAUAAUGGUGAAGAACCAUUGAAUUUGUGCGUUCGAGAUCGUUAUGAUAGUGACGUGAUGACUGUUGUAUCCGAUGAAGAUAUGACAGAUAGCGAAAAAUUGGCCGAUUUCAAGCCAGAAAUGUCUUUGUUAGCCAUCAACGAUCCACUCACCGCCGCGAAUUUUCCACGCAAUCUUAAAAUGGCCUUACCGAAUUUCCAGACAGCACUUUUAGAUAAUAAGCACGAGUUACCCGAAGGUGGUGGAAUCAAUAUGGGAAGCGAUAUCAAUAAUUGUUGGCAAAGUUCCGGAAUGUUUUUGAAUCCAAUGGUUUUGUACCUACAAAAAAUCGCAAAUGCAAACUCAAAUCCAAAUACAACAACAUCCAGUUACGGUCAAAUUUCAACGAGUGAUGCGCCAAAAACUGAAACCACCGAAGUUGUUGAUGCAAAUCCAACACGAAUGAGACAAAAACGAAUGUUAGUUCCAAAAAAAAUGUCGCAAUUGCUAAAAGAAGAUAGCUCAGCGACUUCAGAUACAGGUCAAUCAACACAGACAGCGAUGAAUUCGAGCAGAAAUAAAACGUCAAUGUCGGCGUCUACAUCGCAGGGAAAUCAAAAAAAUCCAAAUGCACCAAAGAGAAAGCGAUCGGCAAUAUUCAUUCCACCUGUGCCAGAAUCCUCGACUCCGAAUCACGCGACUGAAGUGAGUAUUUGUAAGUUCAAGUUCACCGGCGGUGCAAAGCCCAGUUUACAAGAAAAGAAAAUGUUAUCUGUUGAUGCUGGCGGAAAUUUCCGUUAUUACAGCGGCACCGGUGACAAAUCCAUUCGAGGAUAUGAGUUUUUUCCACGUGAAAGUCUUAAGCAAUCGAGUUUAAUGUCGGCCUCGAGUGCCGGAGCAUUUUUAAAUACACCCGGACAGAAAAUAGCACCCACGGAUAUUCCACCUCCAUCAUUUGGAUUGAGUAACGAACUAUUGCAAAUACCGGAAAUGAGCACACCAAGUUCCGUUGGCAUUCUUCCAUCGUCACAGAAUGCAAUACCGUCACCACAUCAACUCCAACAUUCAAAACAAAACAGCAAUUAUCACAGCAGUCGAAAGCGAAAGUCGAAGCGAUCAAUGCAACGGGAAAAUUUGGAAAAGACUUUUAAAGAGAAGGGAUUUCUUAUUCAGACGCAGCAAUUGGAACAGGCCGAAGGUACGUACUGCAAAUUUAGACAACUUCGAAAGUUUACCCGUUACCUAUUUCGCUCGUGGAAGGAUUAUUUACCGCAGAAUGAAUUACAACAAAAUCAAGCCAACUCCACAAACGCAGUUGCAUUGAACCAAGCAAGCAUAUCUUCCAUUGUUGACCAUAAUGGCAUCGAUCCAUCUGCAUCUCAUUUUAUGCCAUCACCAUCACCAUCAUCAUCACACGAAGAAUAAUUACCACAUUUUUAUAUGACCCCAAUUAAAUCAUCACUUUUUUUUAGCACUAUCGAAUAAACCAUUACGUUUAUGUAGCUACUAAAAUUUGGAAUUUAUUUAAAGAAUUUAUUACAACACUGUAAACAAUAAUUUAUUUAUUUAUUCAAUGGAGAAAAUAAAGCAACGAUUAUCUUAUUUUAACA